UAAAUUUCCUAUCUCUUGCCCAUUUCAUUUGCUUUCAGGGGCACUACUGAUAGAUUGAUAGAUCAAUCUCUUGUCUCUUGCUUUUAUAUAUAUAUAUAUGCUUUGUGUUGGUGUGAGGGAGAGGGGAGGGAAAUCGAUGAAGAAGAUCAGUAGCAGCAGUGAGGCGUCCAAGCUUGACAGAAAGAUGGUGGAGAGAAACAGAAGAAUCCAAAUGAAAAGCCUUUCCUUCAAGCUUGCUUCUCUUCUUCCUCCCCACUACAUCAAAUCCUCCAAGGAAAUGCUUUCACAGCUAGAUCAGCUUGAUUUGGCUGCCUCCUACAUAAAACAACUGAGGGAAAGAGUAGAAAAAUUAAAGGGAAGGAAGGAACAAGCAAUGAGUUCAGGUAGUAGCAGUGAAACGAUUAAUGACAAGAUGAAGAUUGGCACAAAGUUGCCUCUAGUUGAUUUAAGAGAGUUCGGUUCCAGCAUUGAUGUGAUUUUGAUUACUGGGUUGCAGAAGAACUUCAUGUUGUCUGAAGUUUUAAGCAUUCUUCAAGAAGAAGGAGCUGAAGUUGUCAGUGCUAGCUUUUCUGCUGUGGGUGAUAAGGUUUUCCAUACAAUUCAUGCUCAGGUCAGAAUUUCUAGACUUGGGGUUGAGACUUCAAGGGCACGGCAAAGAUUGCAGGACUUGGUGUUCUGAAUCCAUGUGUUGCAGCAAAUCAUUUAGCAAUGCUCUAUCAAGAUCUCAUUUUUCCUCCAAAACCUGACGAUCAAGAUUUUCUUGUUUUUGUCUGAGGAUCGUAAAUGUGGAUCAUUAGAUGUUUGAAUUUAGCUAUUGUUGUAUAUUUAGAAUGUAGCUUAUCUAGAAACAUCCUCAGUAUUCAGCAAUAAUCACCAAUAUUUUCGUCCAAUAUUUAGUCACAAUAUAUAUAUA